UCAAACAGGCACACACAGCGCCGUCGACAUGGGAUUCCCAGUCUUUAGCUCGUAAAUGCGCCGGUUUUGAAGGAUGAGAGGCUUUUACCUUGAAGUGUUGUUACUUUCCUUUCUGCUUUUAAUAGUAAAUAAGUGCGUGACAGCGAGAGACGACAGCGGGAAGAGAGCUGACGACGGACUGAACCAUGAGGAGGCUGCAGGAGGAGAACCACAACACACAGACCAGGAGAAAGCAGGCAAGACCAAUGACACUGAAAACCAUGGCAACGAGACCCUCCACUCUACAACGCCCGCCGUCAAGCUCACGACCCCGGUGCCUCCGACCGUCAAGCCCAUCUUGCCAGUGCAGACGGGGGUCAAGGCCCAGGAGGAAGAGCAGUCCAGUGGGCUGACCAUAUUCUUCAGCCUGCUGGUUAUCGGUAUCUGCAUCAUAUUGGUGCACCUGCUUAUUAAGUUCAAACUGCAUUUUCUUCCAGAGAGUGUGGCUGUCGUUUCUCUUGGGAUUCUGAUGGGAGGCUUCAUUAAGAUCAUUGAGUUCCAGGAACUGGCCAACUGGAAGGAGGAGGAAAUGUUCCGGCCCAACAUGUUCUUCCUUUUGCUGCUGCCGCCCAUCAUCUUUGAAUCUGGAUACUCUUUACAUAAGGGUAACUUCUUCCAGAACAUCGGCUCCAUUACUCUCUUCGCUGUGAUCGGCACCACCAUCUCCGCCUUCAUAGUAGGAGGAGGUAUCUAUUUCCUGGGGCAGGCUGAUGUGAUCUAUAAGAUGUCAAUGACUGAUAGCUUCGCCUUCGGCUCUCUGAUCUCGGCUGUGGACCCCGUGGCCACCAUCGCCAUCUUCAACGCCCUCAACGUGGACCCGGUCCUCAACAUGCUGGUGUUCGGAGAGAGCAUCCUCAACGAUGCCGUCUCCAUCGUCCUCACCAACACCGCGGAGGGGUUCUCCCGCGCAGACAACUCCAUGGUAACAGGCUGGGAGACGUUUUUGCAAGCGUUGGGUUAUUUCCUGAAAAUGUUUUUCGGUUCUGCCGCCCUGGGAACCCUCACUGGACUCAUCUCGGCUCUUUUUCUAAAACACUUUGAUCUGAGGAAGACUCCUUCGCUGGAGUUUGGUAUGAUGAUAAUCUUUGCGUACCUCCCCUAUGGCCUGGCAGAGGGCAUCAAACUGUCUGGAAUAAUGUCCAUCCUGUUUGCGGGCAUUGUGAUGUCUCACUACACCCAUCACAACCUGUCUCCCGACCAGAUCCUCAUGCAGCAGACACUGCGCACGAUGGCCUUCAUGUGUGAGACCUGUGUGUUUGCCUUCCUCGGUCUCUCCAUCUUCAGCUUCCCUCAUAAGUUUGAAUUAUCGUUCGUCGUCUGGUGCAUAUUUCUGGUUCUUCUCGGCCGAGCUGUGAACAUCUUCCCUCUCACAAUCCUGCUGAACUUUUUCCGAGACCACAAGAUCACCCCUAAAAUGAUGUUCAUCAUGUGGUUCAGUGGUUUGCGCGGCGCCAUCCCCUACGCCCUGAGCCUCCAUCUGGGCCUGGAGCCCAUCGAGAAGCGGCAGCUGAUCGGCACCACCACCAUCAUCAUCGUCCUCUUCACCAUCCUCCUCAUGGGCGGAGGGACCAUGCCGCUCAUUCGGCUCAUGGACAUCGAGGAGAGCCAGUCGCGGCGCAAGAGCAAGAAAGACAUCAACCUGAGCAAGACGCAGAAAAUGGGUAACACCAUCGAGUCAGAGCACCUGUCGGAGCUGACGGAGGAGGAGUACGAGGCUCAUAUCUACCAGAGACAAGAUCUGAAGGGCUUCAUGUGGCUCGAUGCUAAAUACCUCAACCCCUUCUUCACCCGACGACUCACCCAAGAGGACUUGCUACACGGCCGGAUCCAGAUGAAGACUCUGACCAACAAGUGGUACGAGGAAGUUCGCCAGGGCCCCUCCGGCUCUGAGGAUGACGAGGACGAAGCAGAACUUCUGUGAACCGAACAAAACGCUUUCAGUUCAUGAGAACAAGAACAAUGAGUGGACAUUGUGUGUCCUGGGCCGAGGGUGUGUGUGUGUGUGUGUGUGUAAGUGUGUGUGUGUGUGUGUGUGUGUGUGUGUGUGUGUGUGUGUGUGUGUGUGUGUGUGUGUGUGUGUGUGUGUGUGUGUGUGUGUGUGUGUGUGUGUGUGUGUGUGUGUGUGUGUGUUUUCAGUGUCACAGAGUCACAUGCACUUCUUGCUUGUUCAUCUGCCACCGACUCAAUGUGACAGAGAAGCUUUUUUUUUGUGCACAAGGUGAGCUGGAAUGUGUCAAAUCAAAGUGCAGCUCCAGAAAAACUCUAUUUGAAAACUGAAACACUAAAUGAAGGAAAGAAACUAAUCUGUGAAAAUGAUAUUCCUCAUUUAAAUGCCAUACGGUUACUCGCUAAAGAAACACAGGAAGUCUUGUUAAACCUUGAGAAUCUUUUCCAAGGUGUUUCUUUCAUAAAAGGUUUAGGUCUUAAUUAAUUUGUAAUGGGAGCUGAGAGGGAAACGUUCAAUGUAAAGCAAUAUAACUGCAACUUUUUUAACUUUUCUAUUGUUCUUGCCUACGUGGCACUAGCUUAUUAAAAGUCUGCUGCAGGAUUUACUUUGCGUCAGGGGAAAGGAUGCAACACGAAAUCGCUCCAGGGUCAUUUUUAAGUGGGAUUUGUGAGGCUGCUGCUUCGAAAAGUUUCCUGAGAUUUAAUUAUCUCCACUUCUGUAUGCAUAAGUGUUUUUGAGUUAACACGUAUGUAUUCAUACAUAUGUAAUGAAGAUUAAAUAUGAGGAGUGAUCGCACGAGCGACUCGCUACAUCCUCCAGCGAAGAAGCAAACAAAGACAAAUCUAGUUAAUGUUAAUGAAAUUUCUCGGGUGAAACGGAUACUUUUCAAAACAUUAAACACAUCUACAGCUCACAGGAGGAUAAAAACACUCCAGGUGUUAUUUUUAAUUUUGGUUCCAGUUCGGGUUCCCUUAAAUUAAUUUUCCUAAUGAAGAUGAGCACCAAUGAAUGUUUGGGUAACUGGGAAGAAUGUCUUGUGAAUGUUGAUCUAUUUUUUUUCUAUUUAUUUAUGUGUUGUUUGUGGGAUAAAAGGCUUUUAUACAAGCUCUAUGAGCGCUGCAGAAUUCUAGAAAAGAAAUUAAAUAAUAAAACAUAUUGACAUCUUAAA